AUGGAAGUUUUUGCGAUGAAGAAUAAUUUUGAUUACAUUGUUGUCAAGUCGACGAGGAAGUGGUGGUAUAUUCGAUGUAAGGAUGCAUUGUGCAACUGGAGUGUUCGGGCAGAAAGUAUGGAAGGGUCUACAUAUUUCAUGAUCAAUAAGUGUGAGGGAAGACAUUCUUGUGCCCCUUCGAGUAAAACCAUAUUUGGAAAAACCGCAUCGGCAAGAACAAUUGGGAGUCUGAUUCAACAUCAAUUUGAUGAUGCUAACGAUGGUCCAAAGGCAAAUGACAUCAUCAAAUUUAUGCGGAUGGAGCAUGGUAUUGAGAUUACCUAUUGGCACGCUUGGGAAGCUCGCGAAUUUGCAGUUGAUGCUGCAAGAGGUAUACCAGAUCACAGUUACGCUAAAAUACCAAAAUAUUUGCAUAUGAUUAAAGAAGCUAAUCAUGGUACACAUACUGACUAUGAAACCGAUGGGCAAGGGAGAUUCAAGUAUCUUUUUUUGUCCUUUGGACAAUCAGUAAGAGGAUUCUACAAUGCAAUGCGAAGGGUGAUUGUUGUUGAUGGAACUUUUCUGAAAAAUAAAUAUAGAGGAGUUCUACUUGUUGCUACUGCUGUGGAUGGUAACUCUAAUUUGUAUCCGAUUGGAUUUGGAGUGGUAGAUUCAGAGAAUGAAGAUUCAUGGGAGUGGUUCUUCAGACAGCUGAAAGUUGUCAUACCUGAUAGUAAAGACUUGGCUUUUAUCUCAGAUAGAAAUGCGUCAAUUGCUAAAGGUAUUGGGACUGUCUACCCUCAAUCAAAACAUGGAAUUUGCAUUCACCACUUGUUGACCAAUGUGGUAGCAAAUUUCAAGACAAAAGGGUUGACUGCCUUGGUUGAGAAGGCUUCGCGAACAUAUAGGUACCCUGAAUUUCAGGCUCGGAUCACUAAAAUUUUUGAUAUCAGUCCUGAGCUUGGAAGAUAUCUACGGGAGGCUGAUGUGCGAAAAUGGGCUCGUUCUAUUUUCCCUGGAGACAGGUAUGACAUCAGGACCACAAAUGCUGCAGAGUCGAUAAAUUCUGUUCUGAGAACACCUAGAGAAUAUCCAGUUAUUCCUUUGCUUGAUCGUAUAAGAGAACUGAUGACUCGAUGGUUCUACGAGCGUCGCGAGUUGAGCUCGAAGCAUCUUGAUCCUUUAACGAUUAAGGUGGAGAAAAAGAUUGAUAGGAGAAUAGUGAAAGCAAAAGGAUUUCAGGUGUACAAGGUUGACAACUUCAGGUCGCAUGUGAAAGGAGACAUAUAUGAUUGUAAUGUUGACUUGGAAAGAAGAACAUGCACAUGUGGGAAGUUCAAUAUAGGAAAAAUACCUUGUCGACACGCCAUUCCUGCGAUUUAUUCACGAGGAAUGGAAGUACACAGAUUUACAGAUGACUUGUACAACACUUCAACGUGGAGAACUGCAUAUGCUGAAAGCAUAAAUCCAAUAGCAGUUCCACAGUCUGAUUGGAUUGUACCAGAUGCAGUAAAUCUUGCCAAGGUUUUACCACCGGAGUCAAGAAAGAGUGCUGGUCGACCAGUUAAGAGAAGGUAUGAAGGUGUUGAAGACAAGAUAAAAUCUUCUCAAGGAUCAAGAAAGAAUAAAAAGCACAAGUGCAGCCGUUGUGGUACUGAAGGACACAAGAGAGGAACUUGCGAUUUACCCAUCUAG